AUGUCCCCUGUCGCGCCGCUGCCGCACCUGUCGCUGCUGCUGCUGCUUGGGCGGCCGCUGCUCGGGGCGCCGGGGCAGGGCGCGGGCACCUGGUCGCGCUUCGCCCGGCUGCCUUACCCGCAGGACCAGCUCUUCCUUCACGAUACCUUCCCCGACGGCUUCCUAUGGGGAGCGGGCAGCGCCGCCUACCAGACGGAGGGGGGCUGGCGCCAGGACGGCAAAGGCGCCUCCGUAUGGGACACCUUCGCCCACCGUCCAGCCACGCCGCCAGGGUCCGCCCCGCCGGGGCCGGCGGGCGGCGACGUGGCCAGCGACAGCUACAACAACAUCUUCCGCGACGUCGAGGGUCUACAGCGCCUGGGGGUCUCCCACUACCGCUUCUCAUUGUCCUGGGCGCGGCUGCUGCCCAACGGCACGGUGCCCCUCAACCCUGCCGGGCUGGCCCACUACCGCCGGCUGCUGGGCCACCUGCGAGAGCUGGGCAUCGAGCCCGUCGUCACCCUCUACCACUGGGACCUGCCACAGAGCCUGCAGGACACCUUUGGUGGCUGGGCCAGCCCUGUCCUGCCCGAGCUCUUCCGCGACUACGCCGAGCUCUGCUUCCGCCAUUUUGGCGGGCAGGUGCGUUACUGGCUGACCAUGGACAACCCCUACGUGGUGGCUUGGCAUGGCUAUGGCACGGGGCGGCUGCCACCGGGCGUGCAGGGAGGCCCACGCCUCGCAUACCGGGCAGCCCACCACCUGCUCCAGGCCCAUGCUAAAGUCUGGCAUCUCUACAAUGACCAUUUCCGUCCGACUCAGAGAGGGAAAGUGUCCAUUGCCCUUAGUUCCCACUGGAUCAGACCUCAACGUAUGACUGAAAAAAACAUAAGGGAAUGUCAAAAAUCCCUUGAUUUUGUGCUUGGCUGGUUUGCUAAGCCCAUAUUUAUUGAUGGUGACUAUCCAGAAAGCAUGAAGAGCAACCUUUCCUCUCUGUUGCCAGAAUUCAGUGAAGUUGAGCAGAAGUUUAUCAAGGGAACAGCAGACUUUUUUGCUCUUUCAUUUGGAGCUACCCUGAGUUUCCAGCUCUUGGACUCCCGCAUGAAAUUCCAGCAGUUGGAAUCAAUAAGCCUAAGGCAGCUCCUUUACUGGAUAAGCAGUGAAUAUAAUAAUCCCCAAGUAUUCAUUGUGGAGAACAGCUGGUUUGUUUCUGGUAGCACCAAGAGAGAUGAUGCCAAAUAUAUUUACUAUCUCAAAAAGUUCAUUAUGGAAACUUUAAAAGCCAUCCGGUAUGACGGAGUUAAUGUGUUUGGCUACACAGUCUGGUCCCUGCUGGAUGGCUUUGAAUGGCACAGGGGGUACAGCAUUCGACGUGGAUUGUUUUAUGUUGAUUUUCAAAGCCACGACAAGAAGUUGAUGCCCAAAUCUUCUGUUUUGUUCUAUCAAAAGCUGAUAGAAAAAAAUGGCUUCCCACCUUUGCCAGAAAACCAGCCUGUUAAAGGUCUUUUUCCCUGUGGCUUUGCUUGGGGAGUUGUUGACAACUACAUUCAGGUAGACACGACACCCGCCCAGUUUCUAGACUCUAAUGUUUAUGUGUGGGAUGUUCACCAGACGAAGAAGCUUAUUAAAGUGGAUGGAGUUUACACCCCGAAACGCAAGCGGCAGUGUGUUGACUUUGCUGCUAUCAGGCUUCAGAUCUCUCUUCUGCAAGAAAUGCAUGUGUCACACUUCCAUUUUUCACUGAAAUGGGCUUUAAUCCUUCCUUUAGGUAACCUCUCUGUCAUCAACCACACACUCACACAUUAUUAUCAGUGUUUUGCUAGUGAACUUCUCAGAGUUAACAUAACUCCUGUUGUUGCUUUAUGGCAACCUAUGGCUGAGAAUCAGGAGCUUCCAGUUCCCCUCAUUAAGUAUGGAGCUUGGGAAAACCCGGACACUGUUCAGGCUUUUGUUGAGUAUGCCAAAUUCUGCUUUGCAAGUCUUGGGGACUAUGUCAAGUUUUGGAUCACAAUGAAUGAACCACCUGUGAAAAAUUUGACAUACACAGCAGGGCACAACCUGCUGAAAGCCCAUGCGAAAGCUUGGCAUCUUUACGACAAAGAAUUCAGGAGAUCUCAGAAGGGAAAAAUAUCUAUAGCUCUGCAAGCUGACUGGGUAGAACCAGCUUGUCCCUUUUCCAGGAAUGACCAAGAAGUUGCUGACAGAAUUUUAGAGUUUGACAUUGGCUGGCUUGCAGAGCCCAUCUUUGGGAAUGGUGACUAUCCAGAGGUGAUGAGAGCAUGGCUUCACCAAAGAAACAGUGCUGACCUGUAUAAUUUCCACUUGCCUUAUUUCUCAGAAGCUGAAAAGAAGUUAAUACAGGGCUCAUUUGAUUUUUUUGCCUUGAGUCACUACACUACUACCCUUGUGGGCUGGGAGAAAGAAGAUGCACUGAAAUACGACCACUACCUUGAAGUUCAAAUGAUCAAUGACAUCACAUGGCUGCACUCACCCAGCAGAGCCGCAGUAGUGCCCUGGGGACUGCGCAAAUUGCUCAAGUGGGUUAAAUCAAAGUACGGUGAUGUUCCAGUUUAUGUUCUGGCUAACGGAAUUGACGAUGACCAGAAUAUGGUGCAUGAUAAGCUCAGAGUGUAUUACAUACAGAAUUACAUCAAUGAAGCUUUAAAAGCUUGCACGUUGGAUAACGUUAACCUGCAAGGAUAUUUUGUCUAUUCUUUUAAUGACAAGACUGCUCCUAAAUACGGUCUCUACAGUUAUGUGGCAAAUCAAUACGAACCAAAGCCUUCUAUGAAACAUUACAGAGAAAUAAUUGACAAUAAUGGUUUCCCUGAGCCUGAAACUCCUGAGCUGCUGUGCCCAGAAGAAGUUGCCUCAUGUUCCGAAUGCCACUUCUUCCGAAACAGAAAAUCGUUAUUAGCCUUUAUCUCUUUCAUAUUUGUUGCAUUUAUUGUUACUAUUUUCUUCAUUAUGUACUACUCCCAGAGGAUAGAGAGAAGAUAUAAGUAGAGCUGUCUCUUCGAAUACGUCACUCACUGCAUUUUUUCUUGCAUCUCCUUGGGAAAUCUGAAAUAAGAGCGCACAAUGUUGUGAUUGCUUCAGCACUUAGAAGACAUUUACAUUGUCUGAUACUGUGGGACGUUGACACUGGGAAGAGAUUGCUAGCACAUGGCUUCCAGAAAUCAUUAUCUCUGGUCUAGUAGACCAGACUAGUUUGUGAACAGUCCUUAAUUUCUGUGGUUGGAGUUGUCUCACAACUUUCCUUGGGACUUUUUGUUGAGCAGAUGCUUUCUCCUCCUUGAUUUUACCUUGCAGAAUUUAACAGGUGAAAGAAUAUUUGGAACACAUGAGUUGAUGGGAGAGCCUGAGCAUGUAUUCUCCAUGAGAAGCCUGGGGAGAACAAAAGUGGUUUACUUUUCCAAAUCAGGAUACAGUGCUGAUGUUGCUUGGUCAGGGCCAAGUUCCAUGACUAAGCAGAGAUGGAGUUGCCCAUAACAGUGCCUGGGGAAGGGACACUCCUUUUCCUAAAGCAGAUCUGAGGGGAAGAAUAGGAGGACAUGAGUCUGCUGCUAGGAAUGCUCAGUAAAUUACUUAACUAUUACUCUAGUUGCUGACAGCUGGAUCUGACUUCAGGGUGCUAUUGGGGAGCUUUGGCUAAAGGAACUGUGUCCUCAGUGAGGAAAGCAGCAGGGGUACAGCAGGGGUCAUGCCAUCUGACAGGAAGAGAUGAGAACAGUUAAAGGGCUUCUCUUUGCUUUGCUUUAUGAAACAGUGAAGAGCUGGGACUGGUAUGUUGUUGCUGUCUUAGUUGUCAGAAAGCUGUGUACCUUGACCCCGAGCCCUCUUGCUCUGUACCCAUGGCAGGGCUGGGGCACCCUGUUUCUGUGCUUCUCGCAGCGAGUUGCACACAACUGCCACCCCACUGCUGCCCAGCUGCUUACCUGCUGGAAACUUGUGGAUGACUUAGUAAAAUGGUCUCUGCAUGCUGUUUGUAUUGAGUGUGGAGACUAAAUCCCAGCAUUCUGGUGUAAUAAUCCAGCACUUUAUUGCUGCUUUUGCCUAGGUCUGAGAUCUUGGGAGCUAGGGCUCCAAGCCUCUUUCAGGUUGUCUGGAGAGUCUGCUUUGAGCAACUGGAUCUGGCCUUGGCAGCAUUUCAUCAUGAAGUAUUACUGAGUGUCUGAGAGCCUCUUCUUUUUCUUUCAGCAAGAUAAAUUAGCAAAAUAUUGGCAGCAUUGUUUAUUAGUAGAAAUAGAGAAUGGAAAAAAAAAAACCAAUUCCUGUGUCAUUUUGCGUGCCUUGUGAACUGCUACGUUAGGAGCAUCCUCAGUGUAAAGCAGUGAGGUCAUUUUUCUCCACUCUCUAGGUCUGUAUUGCCUUCAGCUGUAAUUGUAUUUUUAUUGCUAUGUGAGUAAUGUCACACACUGGAAAGAAUAUUUUACAGGAAAUGUGCUCUAUGUUAAUCAAGAAUUAUUUAUCUGCUAAAGCUGAUUAUGCUUUAUUAAGUGUGAUGCUUAUCUACUAGAUGACUAGUAGAGGACUAAAUGGCCUCCCAGGGUUCCUUUCAGCUUGAAUAUUGCUGUGACUCUAUUCUGCAAAUUAAAACUUGCCUAUGAAAUAGAAUUUUGACUUGUAAUUUAAGAUUAUAUUUUUCCUUAAAUAAUCUAGACAGAGGAGAAUUCAUUUCUCAUCAUAAUGUCUCUCUUUGUGUUAAUGUGCAUUUUGAUAUCGAGGUUAAGGUGAAAAAUUCAGGGUAAAUGAUGAAAUAUUGGAAGUAUUUAUUAAAAUUAUUUAUAGCCUGAUAGCUGCUGAAGAACAGCAGCUUUCAAAGGGCUGUAUAUUUAUACAUCAGUGGCUGCUGCAGUGUGGAUUAGAAAGAAAUAGCUCUCCCUAAAUGAAUGAAAUGCCAAAUGGCUUUCUCUGUGGCGCAGCGAUGGAUCACCUUGCAGUACAUUACUCCAGCAGUCAGGUGCCGACGGAGUGCAUAACAGAAAGUGACAUAGAGUUAAUACAAGCUGCAGCCAGGUCACGCUGAACUUGUGUGCUAGAGGUGUGUGUAUCUGUGUUAUAUUUUUGCCGUUGCUAGAAGAAAAUACAAAUUCUGGGCCUGAUCUUUCUGAGAAGCUCCUGGGUUUGAGGGAGUUCAGGAGACCUUGGGCAGGGCAAAUUCUGAAGAUCAUGGGUGCCUUAUUCUUGGGCUCCACCCUGUCCCGACACUUCCCAAGCAAUUAACCACCCAGCAAGUUGCUGCCCUGUGCUACUUAAUGGCCCAGACACCCUGUAUUGUGAGAAACAGGAGCCUGAGCACGGAGGAGACGCUGCAGGCUCUUCCUGUAGAGGCUGGGUGAUAUGUAACCACCGACAGGCAGAUGGCACCAGCUGGAUAUCUAAUUUGUAGGUAAAUUGGGAUUUGUAGCUCUGCAGCUGUGUGACUGCAUCCACUCAUGGUGCUGUAGCCCAUGGAAAUAAUGCAGCCUUUGGUGCGGUUGCCUCCAGAAGAGGUUUUAAAUACUGCUGCAGAGCAGAGACCGGCUUGAGCUGGGCACAGCAGUUGCCAAAGCCUUCUCCUGCAGUGCUAUCUGAGCACAGUGAUGUGUAACUCUUGGUGGAUGAAUUGCACAGUAAUGGGCUGGGGAAUAUACAGGCUGGUCUGAUAGAGAUAAUGGUAUGGCUUUUGUCUCGGGAAUUUGCUUCAUUUCGUGCAAUCAGAGACCUGUGCAAGCUUCUUGUCAAUCUUCUUGCAAAAAAUCAGCCACUGCUAACAACAAGAGAGGCCUUGAAUAGGCAAAGAUUAGGUGCCUGUCCGAGGAGAAUUGCGGUGUGUUCAUGCAAACUGAUGUGGUAAUCACCUCCUGCGAUCAGGCCGUGGCCAUGGGGCACUUCUUCUGUUCGAUCCUCGUGUGUGAGUGAUGAUGUGAUGCUGCAUUGCCACCAUCUGUGAGUCUAGAGCAGGAGUGCUGACAGUAGCAAGGACUUUGAGGAGAGGGUACUCACUACUCAGGCUGCAAAAACAGCUCAGGGGAGGAUGGUGUUUUAUUUCCUGAAGAGCAAUCAGAGCCUGCACAUGAUGGAUGUUAGCAUGCAGCAUCUGCUGCAGCCUGGGUUCUUGGGUUUUAACCAUGUCUCUAGAAGAAAAUGCUGUUGCCAGUUUGCUCAAUGCACCAGAUUAAACGUGUUGUAAAAUACAAAAUGAUCUUUUUCUUCAGAAUAAUUUCUGUGACUGAAUGCAAAGGCUCUGGUUUAUUUCUUGAGAAGAUCAUACAGAGUAAUGCUGGGAAGGAUGCCUUUGCUAAAGGGAAGAAUGAAGGUUAUGCUGUUUUUAGAACAAUCUCAGAAAUGAAAUAAAGGUACCAUGUGUAACAAAAUGUAA